AUGACAGGAACCGGAGUCGUAGCCGGGAUCGUCACCGGGACCGCCAUGAUAGUCGAAAUCGACGUCAUAGCCACAGUCGCGAGCGCCACCAUCGUGGUCGCAGCGUCGCGAGCGCCUCUCCCCCCCUCUCCCCCCCCUCGUGUUUCGACUCUGAGCACGUGGCCCUACGAGGUCGAGACCUACGACGAGCCUCCUCGUGGGUCAUGGUCAGCUCUUUCCAAAGAAGCCUUCAUGAAGCUAUGGGAAGAGGACCGAGACGCCAUUGCGCCACCACCAGAAGAUCGAAACACAAUAUACCACUUCAAUUGCCGGCAGGUGCAUGCCCCAGAAAACUGCCGAGGACCAUUGGAUCGUGGUCAGCUCAACGGCUGCGUGUACUGUGGCAGCAAAGAACACAUGGCAGAUCACUGUCCGUACUUUCUGCUCGUCCCAGAGCAGCAUCACGACAAGCUCCGAGUGUACCUCCACGUGUUUGCCAGACAAGGACUGCCCCCGGCGGCCAGCCGAAUAUCUUUUCACAGAGUUCAAAUUGGUCCCAUGACCAGGUACAAGGUUCCCGUGCUGUCCCGCAACACAGCACGGAUGUAUGCACGGCAGCAAGCAGACCGCGAUAUCGCGGCUGAAAGAAUGCAUUGGUGGAAGACCUUUGACUACUCUCGAUUGGAAAGUCCUGACAUCGAGAUCCAGAGGCUUCCUCAAUCAUGCGCCAAUCUGAGGAAAUGGUCCAACAGCGGUCCAUUGCCCACUCGCGUUGGCAACACUCUCUACGAUUUGGACGAGUACGGCCCCGAUGAGGAAUCCGAGCCGUUCAAUGAAUUGUGGACUGUGUUUCACAACCUUCAAGUCCAACCAGGUCCUGGUGGAACACGAGCGGUCAAUAUUCCAGAGUGGGUGUUUGAUGGCAGAGGCCAGUACCAAGGCUGUCUUGAAUACCCCCCUCCCCAGCAUGAUCCAAGUCGGCCGACAGCUCUUAGCCCGCCAAGGACGCGUGUACCACAAGCCGUUCCCCAUUCCAUAAGACAAGGCCAGGCUUUCCAAGUAAACAAGCCCGAGCCAUUCAUAAAGCGCGAGCCGGCUAUCAAGCGCGAGCCGACCGUCAAGCGCGAACCAGUCGUCAAGAACGAGACAUUGAUCAAGCGCGAGCCGGUAAUCAAGCGCGAGUCAGAGUGA